UAUUAAAAUAAUAAAUAUCAGUUGGAAAUGGAAGACAGAUUCUAUACAGAAGGUGAUGCACUCUAUCCAGACAAUGACCAAGAAGACUUCGAAUUCCUGGAUGAAGAUUCAGAUGAUGACACAGGACUCCUUGCUGAAAAUGCCAAGACAGGCGAUCCUAGAGACAGAGUCCAUACUCAAGAGCAGGAAGACGAUGAGUUCUUUGAUGCCAAUAACUAUAAAGGUAUUUACUAUGAUGACAAUGCUGGUGAAAACGAGAAAAAUCACUGAGAUAUAACUGGUGCACAUUUCAUUUAUGAAGAUGCAGUCACCAAACUUGCUAAACUACUCGACAAGCAGGUCAAAACAGAAGAAAGUAAAUCUCAACUUAUCAAAUUAAGCCCUCAAAAACUUGAUCCGAAAGUGGGGAAAUCGAGUAAUGCUGCAAAGGUAAAAAUUACAUUAAAUUCGAACAAACAGAAUCCAAAAUUUUCGAGCGAACAAAAGACUUCUAAAUUUCAGAGAACUAGAACUAACCUCUACCAGCCAGUUCACAUGAAGAGACAUACUGAGAAGAACUUUAAGAGCAUUGGAAACAAGGUUAAUGCUGCAAUGACCACUCACAAGUUCGUCAACGACAUGACCAAGAAUUCUUUCAAAGCUCAAACAACCAGAGCUGUGACUAACUUAUAAAGACUAAUACGAAGUCUUUCAAUAAGAAAAAGGAUAGGUUUAAAGCCACCCGAGUAGGACUACUCAAUAAAAGUAGCAAAUAUCACGGAGUAAAGGGUGUCCAACAGCAGCUCUCAUCUUCAAACCCCAGAGAUAUUGUGAAUGGAAGAAUCCAGAACAAAACCACUAUGAACUAUUCCAAAAACAGAAAAGGGCUCAAAAAUAUUGCCAAAAACGUACCGAUUUCCCUCCCAAAACACAGGAAAAAUGUUACUAGUGGAGGUAGCUACUCGACUAUCCAAGCUAAAGGAAUCACCAGAAAGAAGUAUAUUGCUGGUAAAGGGAGCAAAUUAGGAUACUUGGAUGAAGCAAACUCCAGAACCAAGUUUGAGAGCAGCUAUACUAAGCAAGGCAAGAGGAUCAAGCAAAAAUCCAGCCACACCUUUGGUGACUUGGCUAAGAUUAAUUUAAUCCUGAACAAGAAUACAAAUACUAUUGGGAAAAUCCCGAGCACACAUACAAAGAAGCUCAGCAUGAUAAAGAAGCAAGUGCCCAAAGGAAAACCGAUCAAGUUAUUCAAAACAUACGAUGGAACAACCCCCAAAAAGGCAUUGGUUUCCAAGAAGAUCGCUCCAACAUCAGAGUCAAAGAACCCUCGCUUGCUGACCAAAUAUUUAUCAUAUUCUGAUAAAAAUUCAUAAGUUGUUUCCAAAAAGUAGAGAUGGGCAUAAGGUGUUUUCAUUAAGUCUUAUUCUCCAGCAAAUUCUCUAUUAUUCAAUACCCAAGCUUAGUUAUUGGACCAGUUUAGAGAUUCUGCCCAAGCCUCUAAAAAUAGAAUUAUAAUUC